AUGGUCGAUUCAACGAACUCUUCAAUCCAGAGCCGACCCUACCGAUCCCAUAGAGUGCCCGCAUGUAGAAGAUGUCGAGCUCGCAAAAUUCGAUGUCACAUCGAUAUUCCCAGUCAACCGUGCCUUGCGUGUCGACAAAGGCGUCUGAAUUGUCAAUAUGCGGAACCACAAACACAAACCGUUCCUGACGAAGAUGCUUCGAAACGUGCUGACCGGUGCUCGAAGAGGCCACGCCUGAGCAACGCUGAUGAAAUCGAGAACACAACGCCUGAGCACUCAGCUCCAACACUGCCAAAAGUUUCAGUGAACUCGUCUGAAAAAUCUUCUAUCAUUGUAGGACCAACGGUCGCAGAAGACGUACAUAUCUUACAACAGCACAUCUCACAUCAUAGGCCUGGGCAGAAUCAAUCCGAGUUUUACCAGUCCAUGUCACACGACAUUGAUCACCCGAUAUUUUAUCUUUCUGUACCUAGAUGUCGCGCCGGUCUGCCACCCCCUAACGCAGGGAAACAUCAGCUUGAGAUCAUAGAACAAAUCCUAGGGACUUAUAGGCACGAGGUCAUUGCUCUAUAUUUCGAAUUCGUUCACCCGCAUUUUCCUGUUCUAGACGACGAGACAUGCUCUCUCCUGCAAGAUCAACAGAUUGGAAAGGUAUCACAGGCUUUGCUGUGUUGUGUGUAUGCCAUUGCCUCACCGAAUUGGCAGAGAUCCAAGUCUCUAAAAACAUACCCUGGACCAGACACCCAUUUUCUCUGGAACACAUCUGUCUGUGCCCUCCUGGACGACUUCAUCAGCCCAAGCCUAGAGACUAUAUCCACCUCAGUUCUCGAUUUGAUAGGGCGCCCUUCAGAGACGAUAGUCGGCAACAGCACGCUAUGCGGUCGCACUGUUGCCCUAGCGCAAACUUUCGGCCUUCACCGGAAUCCAUCGAACUGGAACAUUCGAAACGAUGAGAAGACGACUCGGAUCCGUCUAUGGUGGGGUGUAUUGAUCAACGACUAUUGGUCCAGCAUUUCUUAUGGAUUUCCACCACACAUAAGCAAAAGCUUUUACGAUGUCCCCAUACCUCUCGUGACCUCGCUUGUCCCGGCCAAGGCAACAUUGCCCCAGAGACACGCAUCCGCUUGCUUCAUCCACCUUUGCUAUCUAACAGAGCUACUUGGAGACAUUCUGCCCUUAGUGUACGCGCUCCGGCCAAAUCCAGGGGAGCUUUCCCUGAGCGUGGACAGGCUCAAAGUCGUGUUGGAUAAGCUAGAGUCCAAACUACCAGACCGGCUUCCUAUAUCUGGCCGUCCGGGUAGUAGUAACCUAUGGUUUUGUUUUUUUUCUAUGAAGUUGCUGCUCAGUCGUCUAGCACUGCGAGCGGAUGUUUUGGUGGGCAACACAGGUGACCCAGAUUCGGAACACGACCGGCUUCAUGAGCUACGUAUGUCCUCAUCGGCGGUCGUUGAGUUUGUUUUGGACUUGAAAAAGCGCCACUUCCAGGACUUUUGGCUCCCCUAUACUGCUCACAUGUUGGUCCUCGCCACAAUGGUUUCACUACGCUGCACUGUAGAAACGAAGGAAGCCGAUGUCAGGAAUGCAUCCAUAUCUCGUUUGAAACAACUCAUGGCAUACAUACAGCAUGCUCGAGACGAUUACGAUUGGGACAUUGCAGACGUCUGCCUAGAGCGAUGUUCAGGACCUAUCAUCAAGAUGGCCUCAUUGACGACCCAGGAAGCCCAAACAGCUUCGGGUUCCGCAAUAUCCACCUCCAUCGAGGCUGGACUUGAAGACGCUCAGUUGAAUGCCCUGGACGCAGGCUCUUCUCUCCUGUUCUCUGACUUGCUCGAUCCCGCUGCCUUCGAUUUCCCAUUGGAAGCGCUUUGGGACACGCCAUCUGGACUACCAAUUUCACGCAUGAUUAGAAUGCCUCAUCAUGGAAAUCCGUACAUUCGUUUACCGCUGCAUGAGGAGCCUCUUCAUAUUUUCAGCACCCCGAAUAAGAGAGAAGUUUGGCAUUUUAGACAACCAGUAAACUCGUGCAGCUACCCCAGACAACGUCAACAGGGUCUACGCAGAUUGGAAUCGUACGCACUGCCCCCAGUUUCUAUCAAUAUGUUCAAGCCCCACAGACAGUGGCAGGAAAGUGUACGGAUAUCUAUGGCAAAGCACUGUAUAAAUCGUAACUCACUAAUGCAUUGGAAGUAA